AUUGGUUAUAUCACGAAAAUGUUUGUUCUCGCUGAAUUGAAAGACACAGUUAGGAUCCCACCGUGGGAAUUUAAACGAAAAUUAAACGACGCGAUUACAGACGAACUUAACAGGAAGCUUGCGAAUAAGGUUUACCUGAACGUGGGUCUUUGUAUCGCUCUGCACGAUAUCACGAAGAUUGAAGAAUCCUAUAUUUUUCCAGGGGAUGGGGCAUCUCAUACUAAAGUAAUAUUUCGAGUUAUUGUGUUUCGCCCAUUUAUGGAAGAAAUUUUAAUAGGGAAGAUACGUAGCUGUAGUCUCGAUGGUGUGCAUGUAACAUUGGGAUUUUUUGAAGAUAUUGUAAUUCCACCCAAUAAACUGCAACAUCCGUCAAGGUUUGAUCAAAUGGAACAAGCUUGGGUGUGGGAGUAUGACACAGGGGAUGGUGAAAAGCAUGAUCUAUUUAUGGAUGCAGGAGAAAUUAUACGAUUCAGGGUUGUGAACGAAUCAUUCACAGAGACUUUACCUACUGGACCUAAUGUAUCCGGGGAAUCUGUGGAAAAAUCAGAAGCUAAAAAUAUAUCUCCAUAUACUUUAGGGGGUGCUAUAGAUGAGCCGGGACUUGGUUUACUCACAUGGUGGGAGAAUACCUAAGAGCACAAAAAUAAAUUUGGAUCAAUAAAUUUUUAUUUCACAGCAGAUUCCAUCAUGUUAUCACGUUCGAAAGUUAUAUCCGUGACUGGCGUCACGUGCCACCCGAUUUCGCGAUAGAAUUUUUACUGUGCGGAUACAUUUAUAUUCAGUUUCCAUUGGUAACAGAAUUAUUAAUUAGUAUUUGUACAAUAUAUACAAAGACGUUAUAUUUGAAAUAUGUGGUAACACGCGAAAAAUAACAUCAGUUCGGUAAAAGUCGAGGUAAUGCUAAAUAUUACACAAAAAUUGUAUUCGGUGGUACAAGUUUCAACAUAAAAAACAUUGCAUAGUCUGUAGCAAUUCAAUUUAAACAGUGGCAUAAAAAUUCUUCACAUUAUUACGUGCCGAUGGAGGAUAGUGUGACGCAAUCGUGUUCUUGUCUUUUUUUUUUCUUUUUUUUUAAAUAUUCGUCAAAAUCGUUUAACAGUAUUAAACACAUAAAACACGUUCUCUAUAUUGUGAUAUAUCGUUACAGUGAAUGAAAAACAUUCAAGAACUUAGCUAGGUGUAAGCCUUAAAUUUAGGAAACAUUAAUUACAUGACAGCGGAAUAUACGUAGAUAAAAUAUAGUCGAACACAUUUCUAGACGACAGAUACAUGUGCAACGAUCAUUCGGUUUGUCUUUUUUUCUGUUCCUUUUUAUUUCAGCAACACGUGUCAUCGAACAAAUCACGCGAAUCCGUGUCUCGUAAAUAAAUAAAAAUCACCGUCAAGACUCGUCGGAAUGUUUUUUGCCUUUUUUUUUAUUUAUUUAUUUUUUUUCGCUCGUUGAACAGUCACUUUCUAUGUAGUUCGAUUAGUCUCUCUUUUUUUUUUGUUAUUUCCUUUUCAAGCACCGCGACUAACGUGACCAGAUCGUGGUCUUAAACGGCCUCGCAAGCGGAUUGAACGACACUCUAAAACACAUUCAAAGUGAAAUAAUGCGAGUACAAUAAAAAUUUAUCACAGUUCUAACUGCUUGAGUCUGUCGUGCCGUCUCAUCGGACAUUUACUACGUUCUUUUAGCGAGAACCUACGUGGGGCUAGCUGUCGCAAUAUUUCCCUAUCGUCAAGCGACGCGUGAAACUCUGAACAUUGUUAUCGAUUGUACGCACUUCUCUUCUAUUUUAUUUCAUUCGUACUUUGUCGAUCCUUCGAGAAACUUAAAAAUGCAACGACCAACCAUAUAAUGGAACACUAUAUAGUGGGUCGAAAUACGAAAAAAUACAACAGUUGCUCGAAUGAUUCCCGAAAUUAAUAGAAAGUCUUUUUGAAAAGGAGACCGACGACAUUAUC